AUGAGCAUGCACAGCAGCACGAAUACCAGGAAGAACUCUAGGAAGAACUCAUCAGUGGAGCAGAAUGGGAAGCUGACAAGCAAGCGACUUCAAACGAUCAAGUCAAAUAAAUCUACUGAAGGGUCCAAGACGAAGGACUCAGAAGGAGACCCAGUGGAGAAUGAAGAUCUUUACGUCACGGAAGGCAUCGACGACGCUUUUUACAGACGCAUUCGCUCUUGGGUUUCCGAAGUUGACAAGUGUUUGCGCAGCGGCGACUUUGACCGAAAAGUCGUCAUGGAUCCAUCCGAAAUGGACUAUCCCGAGGACCCUCCUUAUUCGCGCGAAACGUCGGACGGCCUCAACUUCCGCCCCGGCAACCAUCAUACAGUAACUGUUGUUAUUGCGGACGAUGGGUCUUAA